GAGAAGGCAUUGAGUGUUGUGUUUCCAGAUGAUUAGUUGAUCUGUCCGGGUAGUUUCGCGUUUGUCCGGAUUUUACCAAGUCCUAUGAAAAUGCGGGAUUUGUCAGUAACAGUAAUAAAUAUAAUAUUAAUAAUCUUUCGUGUAUUUAAGAACAAUUAUUUACUAAAUAGCUCAUAAAAACAGCUUUAAGAGACAAGAUUAUGGAAGACUUAACAUUAGGCCUAACACCACAUUCACCCAACGUUAGACUUAAGCUAGGUGAAGUUGCAAACCUAUCUGAUACAGAUAGUGACAACAUAGGUGAGUUUGAAACUGAAGUAAAAAAAGAUGUUGAAGAAAAUCCAUUCUCAUUUAAAAGUUUUGUGAAGAGAACUUCAUGUAUUAAGAAAGGAGAGACUCACAGAAAGAAGGAUAUGUCUGUGGAUAUCUUUCAACUACCACAAGUAUUGGAUGUGAAUAGUUUACCUGAAAUGUCUGCUGUAUUACAUAUACCAAAUGAAACAGAUACAGCAUUUAAGACCGCAAAAAAUGACCUCUUUGAAAUUAAUUCGUUAUCAGAGAACAUAACUUUGCCAACAGAGGGAGCUAGUCCAGCACAAGGGAAGGAAUUUCCUAAUGAAACUUUUGGUGAUGAUGAAAAUUCACAUCUACAUUCUUUAUCCAAUAUAUGGAAAGUUCAAAGUAAAACUUCUACUACCUUACAGCAAAAGAGUAGUUUAACUUUUGAACAGAAGACACAGCCUGUUACUUCAGUUUCCACUAAUACUCCUUUAGAAAGUUUUCAUUCAGUUGUGGUAGACAGUUCAUUACCUUCUAAUGUCAUUGGGUUUAUUGAAGAAAAUAAAGUAGUGAAAAAAAAACUUGAAGAAGCCCAAGAAGAACUGAAAUCCAAAACUAAGAAGUGAGUUACAAGAUAA